AUGCAACAACGACAGAAAAGUGUUGCUCAAUUACGUCCUACUCCUCAAUCUACUUUGGACAAAAUACGCAAUCAGGCUAUUCGUGAACGUGAACUUGAACUUCAAACUUGCUUGGCUCGACAUGAUACCUUGGUUAGGGAAUGGGCACAUUUGGAAGUCUAUCAAUCCAUUGUAGACUAUGACCCAACCUCUUUCAAUACCGAUGAACGUGUCACAAAGUUUAUUCUUGAUUACAAUUUAUGGAAUCUUGCCAACGAUUAUUUGAUAAAGAAACACAAACAAGAUCGACCUGUGAGGACUCGACAUCUUCAACCUAAUCCUGUCAAUUCUAUUCGAUCUGGUACUGGUAUCCGACGAUUUAAUCGACAAUACCCAAGUCUAGAAAGUUAUUUGGCCACUUUUAUGUUUUUGGAUGAUAUAGAGGAUGCAAAGGAUCAAGAACAAAUCAAUGCUUUGGUGGCAAAAGAACGAACAAUACGACAACGUAUUCGACAAUUGGAAGAGUCUGGUGGAUUUACAACACAAUGGAAAGAAAUGGCAAGUCGACGACCACAAUUUAUAGAUCAUCAUCAUCAUAGACGAGAUCCUUCUUGUUCUCCUGUUUAUGAAUCAUUGGUAUCUCAAGCCAUCACAGCAUCAAAAAACUUCUCAGCUCAUUCAAGGUAUCGACGUAAUGCAGCUCGCAAAUGUGCCAAAGCGGUGGACAAGUACUGGGAAAACAUUCGAACGCGUGAAGAAAGGUCACAAAGAGAAGAAACAAAGCGAUUAAUGAAACUGGCAAAAUGGACUGUACAACAAGUGCGAAGUAAAUGGCGCGUGGUGGAACGAAUUUGUGAAGCAAGACAUAAGGAAAUUCUUAAGGAACAACAGGCGAAGAAAAGCAGGCGGCAUUUGGAAAUGAUUUUGGAACACUCGGAACAAAUGUUAGGUGUACGUAUGGAUGAACUGACGGCUUCUUCCUCUCCGAUACAACAACAAAAUGAUUGGUCUGAUGACAAUAGUAGCGAUCAUUCUCCUAUGGCUUACGAUGAUGUAUUGGAUGAACGAGAUCAUUAUAUCGAUGAUGAUGAUGAUGAUGAUAGUGAAGAGAUUAUCAAUGAAGAUGAUCAUUUGACGGUGGAACAACUUGCACAAAAGUAUCAAUCUCUCUAUACAAUCGACAAUCAACAAAAGGAACUGGAGGAUUCUGAUUAUUCAAAUGAUCAACAAGCAGAAAACGAUGAUUUUAUUAUCUCAGACGAUACUGAAAGUGAAGAUGAAAUCAAUGAAGAUGACCAUUUGACACCAGAGCAACUCGCACAGAAAUAUCGAUCUUUACAACAACCUUUGACGCCAGAUACAACAAAAGAAUACGAUCUGACAGAUAAUUCGGAAGAAGAUACUGGGGACAACAUUAUAUCGGAUGAUGAGGUUGAAGAUGAUGAUCAGGUCUUACUUUCCUUGACAACGGAAGCCGAACUACCUUUGGACAAACUGCAUGCAAGAUUAUACCCCUCUACUUCAGACGAUUUGCAACCUACAGAUGUGCAGCAACCAUUGUCCUCUUCUUGUCAUAUACAACCCAAAGUGGAAUAUCAAAAUUCACAUGAAUAUACUACUCAACCAGAAAUCAAGGCAACAACAACAACAACAACAACAACAAAUACAGAAUCAAUGACAACAGUAACAGAAACAACGACAACAACAGCACAUCAACCUACAGGAACAACAUUAUCUACUACCAAAGUGGAUACACCUAUUCCGUUUUUACUACGGGGUACAUUACGUGAAUAUCAACAUGUGGGAUUGGAUUGGUUAGCUAGCUUAUAUAACAAUGGACUCAACGGGAUCUUGGCGGAUGAAAUGGGACUUGGCAAGACGAUUCAAACCAUUGCACUAUUAGCAUCAUUGGCAUGUGAAAAAGGGAUUUGGGGGCCUCAUCUGGUGGUUGUGCCUACAAGUGUGAUUCUCAACUGGGAAAUGGAAUUCAAGCGAUGGCUCCCUGGAUUCAAGAUCUUAACUUACUAUGGUAAUCCCAAGGAACGCAAGGAAAAACGAUCUGGCUGGUCCAAGGAAAAUGCCUUUCAUGUAUGUAUCACUUCUUAUCAAUUAGUGCUUCAAGAUCAGAGUGCUUUCCGGCGCAAGCAAUGGCAGUAUUUGAUUUUGGACGAAGCUCAUCAUAUCAAGAACUUUCGAUCUCAACGGUGGCAGGUGUUACUCAACUUCAAUUCCAAGCGACGACUUUUAUUGACAGGCACUCCUCUACAGAACAACUUGAUGGAACUCUGGUCAUUAUUAUACUUUUUGAUGCCGAAUGGGAUCUCAGCCUCGAUGCCGAUUGGAUUCGCCAACCUCAAAGAAUUCCAGGAAUGGUUCUCAUCACCGGUGGAUCGCAUGAUUGAAAACCAACAGGGUAUGACGGAAGAAUCACGCAAUGCCAUUCAAAAACUUCACACUGUAUUACGACCUUAUCUUUUACGACGACUCAAAUCGGAUGUGGAACAACAAAUGCCUGCCAAGUAUGAACAUAUUAUGUAUUGUCGUCUAUCCAAACGUCAACGGUAUCUCUAUGAUGAUUUUAUGGGCCGAGCGAAGACCAAGGAAACACUGGCCAGUGGUAACUUCCUUAGUAUCAUCAACACGCUUAUGCAACUACGAAAGGUGUGUAACCAUCCUGAUCUGUUUGAAGAACGACCGAUUGUCACCAGCUUUAGUAUGACGGAUGAAAUACUACAACAAGGCGAACGAUUAGAACAAUGGACACGACGACGAUUCAAGGAUGAUGAUGCAGUGAAUUUGGAUCCACUGAAUCUUGUGAUUGUUAGACCUCAACUGGAAAUGACCAUGAGUCGAUGGAUGGCCAAUGAAUAUGAUUGUUUGGAUUGUUCACCCGCAUUACUGGAUCUGAUAAUACAACAACGAAACAAUAAUAGUGGUCAUUUACAUUCUCGUGGAAUUACGUCAAUGAACAAAUACCUGGAUUUGAAGACAUAUGCCAAAAUUCAAGCAAUGCAUGAACAUGUGGCGAUCACGGAACGAUGGAAAUCUAUUCAUGACAUCAAUCAACAACGCUGUCAACAACAACCUUUACUUGGUAUCGGGUUAUUAGAUUUAUGUCGACAAUUGUACGCACAACCUUAUUCUUGUCUUUACUUUGAUCAAACAUCCGAUGUCAUGUCACAUUGUGUCUUGGGAUAUGAAGCAAGAAUUCAACAAUUCAUGGGUGUGAUUGAAAGAUAUACAUUUGUAACACCAGCAGCUAUUGUCAAGCAACCACAUUAUUAUGUAAAAACAACAACAACAACGUAUCGUGACAUUUUCCAUCCUCUGACCUCAAGAUUACAAAUUGGUUUUCCAGACAAACGACUAUUACAAUACGAUUGUGGGAAAUUACAACGAUUAGCAAGUCUUUUGCAAGAAUUGGCUGCAGGUGGCCAUCGUGCGUUAAUUUUCACACAGAUGACACGGGUACUAGAUGUAUUGGAGGCGUUUCUCAAUAUGCAUGGUUAUCGUUACUUACGAUUGGAUGGAGCCACCAAAGUGGAACAAAGACAAUUACUGACCGAACAAUUCAAUAGUGACAAAAGGAUUCUUUGUUUUAUCUUAUCAACAAGAAGUGGUGGUUUGGGGAUCAAUUUAACUGGGGCUGAUACCGUGAUCUUUUAUGAUUCUGAUUGGAAUCCAUCUAUGGAUAAACAAUGCCAAGAUCGCGCUCAUCGUAUUGGACAAUUGAGAGAUGUGCAUAUUUAUCGAUUUGUGACGGAAUUCACCAUUGAAGAAAAUAUUUUCAAAAAAGCCAAUCAAAAACGAUUAUUAGAUGAUAUGGUAAUACAAGAAGGUGGAUUUACAAAUGAUUAUUUUCAAAAAAUGGAUUGGUGGAAAGAUUUACCUGAAGUGGCUGGAAACACAACAACAACAACAACAAGUAUAAGUAAUACAGAUAUGGAACAAGCAUUAUUGGAGGCUGAAGGAGAAAAAAUGGAUGCUCAAGCUGCUAUGGCUGCAAGAAAUGAAAUGACUUUGGAUGAUGAAGAAUUUGAAGAAUCUACUCGACCUACACCUAUUAUCUCACCAUCUGAAUCAUCUCAUGCACAAUCUUCUCCUGUAUUACAUCCCUCUAUUCAAGAAGAAGAUGUGGAACUAGAUCUAGAAGUGGGUCAUGUUGAUCAAUAUAUGUUACGAUUUUGGGAACGCGAAAUGUUUGGUCAAUAUCUUGGCUUUGGUGGAUUACCUGAACCUAUAGAUUUUUAA